AAUAAUUGUGUAACUUGUAACACAAGCAGUACGUGGUUGGGUGAAUUUACUACUUAUGUAGUAAUUUAGAAGUACUAGCGCAGCACUCACAUAUUGCAUUAAACCACAGUGACCAACAGCGAUUUUAUUACUGAGAAGCGUGCUUGUAAGAUACAGAUAAAACAUCUUGCCUGACUGAACAAGUUUUACUUGUUCUAACUACAAUAUUGCUGCUCCAUUAUCAUUAUUAGCCUUCAGCAGCCCAAACCAUUUCGGACUGCAAAUCCACAAACUAGUGACAAACAAUGGAUGUUACAGUAGCCUAUGAAGACCUGAAAAGCCAACUAAAGACAUUAAUUACCUUACCAAACAAGGAUGACAUGAUGGUAUCCAACGAUAUCGUGUUAACGUGCGAAACGGUAGCGCCCCGUGCUACGAUCUCACAAGAGGAGCAGCAGUUUCUCAGCUACCAAAUACCAGAAAAGCAAAUUACAAGCCAUUGCGUAAUGGGCAAGUCUACAUUUUAUUCAGAUUGGUUUUCUACGAUUAUGGAGUUCAUUAUAUUAAAGCUGGAGUGGGAAAACGACAAGCAAAGACCACAUGAUAAUAUUAACGUGAACUGGAAGCUAAGCGUAUUUUUCUUAUCCGGUAAAGCCCAACUAACGCCGGUGAAGAUGCAGGAAAGCGGGGACUCUAUUUUUAUUUCUUCCGAGGGCGAAAGCUGCAUGCUAAAGCUCAAAACAUUGCAAAUCGACCAGCAGUUACUUUUUCCAACCGUCGCUUCAUGGAGCCUUCAGACUUUAGCAACCGUUCUGCCCCCGGAAAUUGAUCCAUUUGCACCUCAGGUUGAAGUCGGUGGGCUUUCUCCCGCUACUUACCAGACCAUGCUUACAACGCCCGUGCCUAGUCUCAUGCUGUCCGGAGGUGGCAUUUUGUACACUAGUAACAGGAAUCCGUGGGUAACACCAAGAAUUUGCUUCGUGUUUGAGCAGGUUGCCCUUAAUAUAGUUCUUACUGCAAAAGAAAAUGUCGACUUUGUUAUCUCACGGCUUAUUUACACCGCACGCGAGAUGAUGACAUCAGCUAUCGUUCGCAAAUCGUUUAAUGCUCCGCAUACAGGCUCGGUUAAAUUCACUUGCAAGAAUGAUCCCCAGAACACCCUAUAUGCUAGCAAGUCGGCGUUAGGACUGCGUUCAUCUAUUCUAGACAAGCACAACAUCGAUGAAGCAGACGAUGCAACAGAAGGCCAUGAAAUUACUUCCUUCGACGGCAACCUUAUAGCGGAAAUGUUUGUAUUUUGUGAGUGUCGGAUUGCGCCGAACGUGUCAAUGCUUUAUGAAGGAUUAUGUGAUGCCGCGCACCACUACGAUGUAGAAGAUUUGACUAAACUGUGUGAAUUGUAUUUAAUACGAGAUGCCGUAGCCUUGGGCAUACAUUUGGAAAAUGGUGGCAGUAUUGCUGAAUUCACGAAAUUUUUGGACAUAUGCCGAAAGGCAACCGCGCUUGAUUUGGAGCUUCUGCUAAUGGCACUCCAUAUUGUUGUCAUGGUAAUGGAACCGAAAUUUAUGCGCCCGCCGUUCAGCAAAAAUUGGACUAAGUUCAUUGGGAAGGACGUUACCAGUUUCACAUCAAAACGGUACCACAUCCUUUCAGCGAUCAUGCCAGACACUGAAGAGCAUAAUGAAGAAUAAGCCGCCGACCUGUACAAUGCUGCGCUUUAUGGGAGCUUUGACGACCGUUGCCCGUUAUGCAGUAAAUAUCGAAAAUUAGUUGCUGUAUAUGAUUUUCCCAUGAAAUUUUUUUUGCUCGAAUGUUGGUGAAGCUUGCCGCGCUAUGAGCAUCAUCAGGCUUUUUAUUGUUGCUAAUUUGCUAUUGACAUGCAGUUAUGUAAGCCACUAAAUGUCGUCGUUUCCCACAACCUGUUUCAGCGUAAUCGUCAUGUGGAAAUUAUGAGGAAACACCAUCAUAAGCAAUUUUGUAAUAUAAUAUGGACACGUUCGUACAUGUCAAAUUGUUUGUGCCGCAACUUUUGAAUUAACUUCCUUGCAUUUCAGAAGGAACUCCUUUUGAUAUAAAUGCUGUUUCGUUUUGGUACAUAGUUCGUACUCGUAUCAUGAUACUUAUUAAAGGUUACCAGCUUUUGAUAUUCCUUUUGUUUUAGUAAAAUAAAUUGCAACAUUGGUGUCAGAAGUAAAACUGAAUACAAAUGGCGCUUGGCUCUGGUUUUCUGCGUAGUUUCUAACUUUUCCAUUCCGCCGUUACCGUUAGAACAUUUUAGUGCAGAUUCAAAUGUAAAAAGGCUACGUGUACAAGGCUGAGCUUUUGGCCCCGCCUUGCUUACAACUAUGGCCAUGGUUUUUCUCUCGUCGGCUCAAUCACGGUAGCUGC